AUCCUGAUUGGUUCAGGCUACAGCGACAGUUCACGUGUGUGGCAAUGGAAUCAGGAUUUCUCGAUUAUUGAGCAAAACUGAUAUUUUUAAAACCUCCACAAGAGCAGUGCGCUGAAUUUAGAUCGGUGGUUGAACACAAAUAUGAGAUUUUACCAAGGCUUUAUUGCUUUUAUCAGCAUACACUGACACAUUUCCCGGAAAUAUCUUACAACUUCAGAAGUUCAUAGAAUAUCGAAGAUGCAAACAAGAGAGUUCUUCGUUUCAGCACCAGGGAAAGUAAUUCUUCACGGUGAGCAUUCAGUCGUGCAUGGAAAGGUUGCUUUGGCUGUGAGUUUGAACCUGCGCACACACCUGCGGCUGCAGUCCACAUCAUCCGGUGACGUGCGCAUCAACCUCCCCAAUAUUGACACUUUUCUGUCCUGGGAAAUAACUGCACUGCAGCCUCUUCUGGCUGGGUGUGGAGCAGAGCAGGAUGGCCUGAAGGAACUUGAUGGAGAUCUUUUAAAGAGGCUACGUGAAUUCACGGGCAUUUCAGAUGAUUCCACAGACACAAGAAGCAUGGCAGUGUUGGCCUUCCUCUAUAUGUACCUGACUGUAUUUGCAAAGUCUCUGGCCAGUAUAACAGUGUCUGUGUGGUCAGAGUUGCCCACAGGAGCUGGUUUAGGCUCCAGUGCCGCCUAUAAUGUUUGUCUGUCGUCUGCUGCUCUGCUGUCUGCCAGGGGAGCCAUAUCGUCUCCUCUUACACCACAACAGGAGUCAGCCAGGUGGAGUAAAGAGGAGAUGGAGCUGAUUAACAGGUGGGCGUUCAUGGGCGAGAAGAUCAUCCACGGUAACCCUUCUGGGGUGGAUAACGCUGUGGGCACAUGGGGUGGCUUUUUAAGAUACCAUGCUGGGAAUAUAACUCCACUAAGCUGGGUCCCGAUUCUGAGAAUCCUCCUCACUAACACCAAAGUACCACGUAGCACCAAAGUGCUUGUUUCUGGAGUGAAGGACAAAAUUAACAAGUUUCCCUCCAUAAUGAAUCCAAUUCUGGAGUCUGUCAGUGCUGUGUCCUGCACCUGUGAACAGACUCUCACAGAGAUGGCCGUGCAUGGACCAUCGGCGGAGCACUACAACAUACUGGAGGAGCUGAUUGAUAUAAACCAGCACCAUCUGAACGUGAUGGGUGUGGGUCACUCAUCUCUGGACACACUGUGUAGGGUCACUCUGGCCAGAGGGCUGCAUAGCAAACUGACAGGGGCAGGAGGAGGAGGCUGUGGAAUCACUCUCCUACGACCAGAAACAGAUACUUCGGUGAUUCAGAGCACCAUUGAUGAACUGAAGGCCUGUGGCUUUGACUGCUGGGAGACCAGUAUCGGCGCUCCUGGCGUCCAGCAGCAUUCUUCAGCUGCACUUAGUCAGGACAUACUGAAGAUCCUCAACAGCUAUUGAGACACAAUGAAAACACUGUACUGUAUGCACCAUUGUUACCGUUAGCAAAAAUGCUCAUUGCUGUCAUUAGUCUAGAUCCUGGUUCAACAAACAUUCCAGUAAUCAUACUGUAAUUUUUUGGGGAAAAUUAUAUAAAACAUAACCUUAUCAUUUGCCUAAUUAAGAUUUUUUUUUUAAAAUAUCUUUGUGUUAUUACAUUCAGAGUGCUUAUGCAUUAUAAAGUUUUAUGUGCCACUAGAUGGCAGCAAAGUGUAAGACAGAUUUAAUACUGUCAAUUUUAGACAGAAUGCAUGGAAUGCAAAUAAUAGAUCAUUUAAUUAAAUAUGAAUACUAAAUUAAUUUAAAAAUAACAUCUAAUAAAUUUCAGCCUUUUUCAUGAAAA